AUGUCCAUAACCACAACAGCAGCACCAGCCGCCUCCAGCCUCGCGCUGGACACGUACUCUGGCCUCUGGCAUGGCCACCAUGACCAGUGCUGCGUCUCCAACGAGGGCCAGUACACCAACCUCACACAAACCGAGUUCAACACGACCGCGCCGCCGGGCUUCCACCUCCAGCCGAACAUGACCUCGGAGGUCAUUGGGCACUGCCACGUCAACCUCGAGAACGGGACCGACCCGUCCGUGGGAACCGGCUCGCGCUUCAGCGACUUCGUGAUGUGCCUGUUCAACGGCACGGCGAGCCCCCUGCCGCUGUGGUACGGGAUGACGCUCACGAUGCGGAACGUCACCGUCGCCGGCGGCUCGGAGGGCAACGCGACCGCGCUCGUCACGUACGUCACUGGCACCGCAACUGCGACGGCGCCGAUCCCCUCCACGACGACAUACGACGUCGAGACGGCAGACUUCUACUCCGGCAUCCAUCUGGACACGAUGGCGUCGUGCUGCAAGCGCCUCGCGGGGCAGGGGGGCAACAUGACGCUGGCAGAGUUCAACGCGACGGUGCCGGAGGGGUUCUAUCUCCGCGCGAACAUCAGCGGAGAGACAGUCGCGCACUGCCGUCUGCCGGGCGACAGGUCGCCCAGCCUCGCAACAUGUCUCCGGCAGGGCGAGCCACUGGAGGCGACGCCGUGGUACGUCGGCACGAGCACCGAUGCCAACGGGACCGUUACCGGCUGGACGGAGAACGUGCCCGACCCGUGGCGGACGUUCAGCGCGCGGCCGAGCGGCGCGUCGGCGACGACGGGCGCGAGGUCGUCGGCGGUGCCGGGGGCAGGGCAGGUUAAGCUGGGGUUGAUAUCGCUGCUGGGGAUGGCUGCGGCGGCUAUAGUCUCUCUCUAG